GAGAGCGUAGCUCGACGCAGCGUCGACGCAGUCAGUCGUUCCCGAGUCUUUCAGCGGGCCCCGUUGGCGCGCGUUUUUACGGCUCCCGCAACAGUCCCUCGAUUAUUACCUUUCUAAACAAUUAUCCGUCUCUCUCGAAUCUCGCUGUUCGCGUUCGUUUUUCCUUCCAUUACCAUUUGGUUUUCACUACUUUCUCGUGUGCGAGUAUACGGCCGAGUUUAAAACGCGCUCUAGCUUAAAAAUCGUGCUCUGAAAGAUCGUGCAAGGAUUUAACGGAAGAUCGACUAACCAAGGACUACGCGAAGCAAGUUGAGAGGAGAAUAGAGGAUGGCGGUAUUCGGACUGGUGUCGGCGGUCGCCGGUUUCGUAAAAGUACGAUACCUCAUAGACAAAGCGAUAAUAGACAACAUGGUGUUCAGAGCUCACUACAGAAUCACAUCUGCGAUAUUGUUCGCCUGUUGCAUCAUAGUGACCGCGAACAAUCUCAUCGGUGACGCGAUAAACUGCAUAUCGGACGAAGCGGUGCCGAGACACGUGAUGAACACUUUCUGCUGGAUAACGUACACGUUCACGAUGCCCGGGAAUCAGGAUAAAGCGGUCGGGACCCACGUGGCGCAUCCGGGUCUGGGAACCGACGACGGCGAGAAAAUCUUCCACUCUUAUUACCAGUGGGUGCCGUUUAUGCUCUUCUUCCAAGGGAUCCUCUUCUACUUGCCUCACUGGAUGUGGAAGCAGUGGGAAGAGGGCAAAGUGCGAAUGAUCUCGGAGGGUAUGAGAGGAGCUCUGGUCGAGAGCAAGCAGGAGAGACAAGCGCGGGCUACGAAGCUCGUUCAGUACAUCGUCGAGACUCUGCAUUUGCACAACAGCUACGCCGCGGGAUAUUUCUGCUGCGAGGCUCUCAACUUCGUCAACGUCGUCGGCAACAUAUUUUUCGUCGACACUUUCCUCGGCGGUGCUUUCCUCACGUACGGCACGGACGUCGUCAAGUUCAGCAACAUGAAUCAGGAACAACGCAGCGAUCCGAUGAUCCAAGUCUUUCCCCGCAUCACCAAAUGCACCUUCCACAAAUUCGGAGCCUCCGGGACCAUCCAGAAGCUCGACGCACUGUGCGUCCUCGCGCUCAACAUACUCAACGAAAAGAUUUACAUUUUCUUGUGGUUCUGGUUCAUCAUUCUCGCCGUCAUGUCCGGUGUCGCGCUGCUUUACAGCAUGGCCGUCGUUUUGUUGCCCAGCACCCGCGAAACCAUCCUCAAAAAACGAUUCAAGUUCGGCACACCCUCCGGCGUGAGCGCCCUCGUACGCGAAACUCAGGUCGGAGACUUUUUGCUCAUUCAUUUGCUCGGCCAGAAUAUGAACAUGAUGGUUUUCAACGAGGUCUUGGACGAAUUGAGCAGACGUCUCCACGUCGGUUCGAGCAGCGGAGCUUCGCCGGCCUCCAUGCCAUCGGCGCCCUCGACCCUCGAAAUGUCACCGAUUUAUCCGGAGAUCGAAAAGUUCUCGAAAGACACGGAGAUUUGAGUGAGGAGUCUCGUCGCAUAUUGUGAUAACGGCACUUUCGUGCGUGACAAAAAAAAGAGAUACGAUAGGGGUGAAGGGAGGAGGAGGAGGGAUUGACUCGAAACGAGCGAAAAUGAUUCGCGUUACUCGCCCAAACUCGAAACUAAGGAAACGGCCUGAUCGGAGAUCGUUACUUUAUAGCCGAAAAGUAUAAAAUUAUGCGAUAACGUGGCAAGCGUUGUUUACGUAUGAUCGAAUGUCCGAAAGGACAAACUGGUGCAAUUGACGUCUCAUCGGAUAUUAUCGCGAUCCGAAUAUUGUCACACAUCCAUGUUAAUUCCAAAUAUUUUGUUUUCCCCCGUCGAGCGUCGCCGAUCAUUAAUAAUAAUGAUAGAGAGCAGGGCGCAGGGAACAUUCCCAAGUUUACGAGAUUUAGGCAUUUUCUUCCGCGAGCCAGUUAUUAUUUUAGUCCCUUGACAAAAGUACAUUCCGUCCAGGGCCUCGAAUAAGAUUAAAUAAAUAUAUGUAUAUCACGAUAUAUAUAAAUAUGUUGUAACUUUGUUGGAAUUGCGUGUAGUGCUCGGAUCGGCAGAGUCGAUAAUACGGAUCCGCACGUAGGAAGCGCGGCCUGCGCGAUAGUAGCGUAGCGAUAGUUGCUCAACAUAAAAUCAAAUAGAAAUAAUCCAUGUGCCAAGUAACGAGUGCGCGAAUUAGAGUAAGGAAAUGCUUGAGAAACGUUUUGCUGAGAACGAUUCCAACGUUCGGCGAAGGCCGCAGCAACUUUAUCCGCACCGUUCGUUCGGUCGAGCGUGAUUUUUUUCCACCCCGAGUUGUCAACCUCCGUAAAAUUUUAUAAAUAAUAAUGAUAGGCAUGGUACAUAGAGCUGUGUGCAAUUGAAAGGCCUCUCGUCUCGAAUUGGCGCUUGAAUGUACGCGCGAUAAGCUUCGGCUUCGUUUAAACUAUUUUCAGCGAUUUAAAUUAGGUAAUAUAAGCACGGACGAUGCGAAAAAAAUGUUGAGAGAUCGGGCCGAAGGAGCUCCUUGAGAUUCGACGAGAAAUCGGCCGACGAACGCAUCGUCGUUUGUGAUUGUAGAACGUAGAUACGAAAAGUCAACGAAAUAAAUGAAUAGCUGAAUAAACAAACGAUUAGAGAAA